AUGCAAUGUGAAUCAUCUGAUGAAGAAUGGGCUCAGCCAUUUUUAGAUGUAGAAGAUCCUUUACCAAACCAAAUAUGUCCUUUUGCAACAACAUCAGAAAUUUCAAUUAAAAGAAUGUUAGAAAUUUCUUCAACUACUAAAGAUGAUAUAAUUUUAGACAUGGGAUGUGGCGAUGGAAGAAUUGUAAUUUAUGCAGCAAAACAUUUUGGAAUUAGAUCGAUUGGAUUAGAUAUAAACCCGGAUUUAAUAAAACUAGCAAAAGAGAAUGCAAUUAAAGAAGGCGUUGACCAUUUGGUUGUUUUUAAAGUUCAGGAUAUGGCAAAUGAUUCAUUUGACUUUAAAUUAACUACAAUCGAUUCCAAUUUUUUCUCAACAACAGAUACCAGCACACCUUUAGUAUACCCAACCAUAUUAACAUGCUAUUUAAUUCCAAGAGCUUUAAAAGCAAUAGAACCAAAGAUUAAAAAACUUGUUCGUGAAAAAGGUUUCAUUCAAGAUCAUAGAGAUAUAAGAAUUGCAACUAUAGUAUACCCAUUUGAAAGAUGGCAAGAGGUAGAAACUGAUAAUCAAUUAAAAAUAUUUUUAUAUAAUAACAAAUCAAUAGAUAUUACACCAAAAUCGUUAGACUCCUCAAACCCGGUAUUUAUAUAA